AUGGGCUCCAUUCUUGAUCUGCUCGGCAAGGCCGACAACCUCAGCGACCCCAUGCCGAUAUUGAACGAGCGAGCUGCAGUGCUUGGCAUGGUUAUUUCUUUCCUGGUGGUCGCCUGGAUAUGCGGCAUCUUUCGACUUUACGUUCGAUUCUUCGUCGCCCAUUGCCUAGGAUGGGACGACUUUUUCGUCGUGCUGGCCAUGCUUUCCAGCUUAAUGUUAUCAGCAGCGACAUGUGUAUCAACGAAUUACGGUCUAGGUCAGCAUUUUCUGACGCUGGGCUUCGCUGGUAUGGUCGCAUUUGUUAGGAGUUUCUACGUAUGCGGUGGCGCAUACGCGAUGGCCACGGCCUUGAUCAAGCUGGCGUUGCUUUUCCAGUAUCUGCGCAUGUUCGAGGCCGGCUCGAAGUCGCGAUUCGUCACUCUGGUGGUCAUCUACAUCACCGCCGCGUGGGGUCUGGCCUACAGCUUUCUCGCCUUCAUCCCUUGCUUCCCCGUCUCAGCGUUCUGGAACUUGACAACCGUCACGAAGGACAGAUGGGCUUUCGGCUCACACGACCCCGUCAUCUUUGCGCGCACUUUCGAGAGUCACGUCGGCAUGAAUGUAGCGUUGGAUCUCAUCGUGUUCCUAAUUCCCCUCCGUCUGUUCCUGGAGCAGGGCCUGAGGGCGAAGUCACGUCUCGGCCUCUUGGGUCUUUUCACUAUGGGAGUUCUUGUAAAUAUUUUGGGAAUUUUCCGAUUGAUUGGCAUCAGCCACUCCCAAGCCGGUACAUAUCCGACUCUGGACCCCUCAUGGUACGGUUGCGUGCCCAUUGUUCUCGCCGCCGUCGAGGUCAACCUCGCCACAAUAUGCGCCUCACUGCCGAUCUUCUGGCCCGUCCUCCAGAUGAACUUGGGCAAGAUCUUUAUCACGAAAGAAAUCGAGAUCACAUCUGAGGUCAGGCGAUUCAGCGGCGACGAAGAGAUGGUCGGCGAGCUUGGUGAUCUUUCGCCACAAAAGUCGUUAAAGAGUCUCGGCAGAGACCCCAAUCCUAGGUGGUCGGACAUUUCUUGA